AUGGCUGCCUCGACAGGCUGGACAGGGACCGCUCCGCUCGAUGAGGCCCCGGAAACAUCGUCACGUGCAGGGCCAUGUGGUGGAGCUCGUGUUCCGAAUAUCGAUCAUCGGCAUUCGGAGGUGUGUCUAGGUCUGGCGAGUCUGCGUUCGAGUGUGCCCAGCGAACCUGCGACUCCUGCGUGCUCGUCAGGGGAGACACUGGAGGACGGCAUUGAACCUGGUGACUUGGGUGUGGCAGAGGCACUCGGGCCGGUGAGCAGCCAUAAUGGCGAGGCCCCGAUGACUGCGGCUGAAAGUCCGUUGGCCACCGGACAUCCUGACCCAGAGUCUGUCGGAGGAGUGUUGGAGUCGCAGCAGCAUACUGAGGCUACUCUCGCUCGCGUUGCGGAUCCCCUUGGACAUUCAGCCGAUCAACAAGAAAUGAGAAAGCUGUCAGGAGAUGCUGAAUGCAGCGAUCCAGAGGAAACCGGCUCUUGUAUACGUUCAUCCUGCCAGGAGCAAGAGCACGUCGCCGUAACUCGCGACCAAGCCCAGAAUGUGGUCUCUGACACAACCUCACCACCGUACACCAGCAGGCAGAAACAGAAACAAAGAGCAGAGCCUGAGCAGCAGUCCGAGCCCGGCUCAUCUCAAUCCCGUCCGAGACCACCGGAAGACGAGCCCUUGGCUGGAGGACCACCCCCUUUCCAGCCUCUCAGAUACGGAGAACCUGGGUGGCAUAGGUCAGCGGAUAGACCACCCAAGAAGUUUCCUAUCCGCUUCAAGGACGCCAUCGGUCGGAGCUAUGCCUUUUCCUGGGAGAAGGCGAACACUUGGGGGGGCAUGGAACGUCUUAUCCGAAGCUGCUUUACUCACGUCGACAUCAUCGGCCCGUAUGUCUUCGAGGGCUGCUACGACCUCAUCGUCGCGCUGCCACCGUCGAUGGAUCCCUAUAUGCCGUUUGCAGCACAGACGACUACUGUCUUGAACACACCUACACCUUUGGUGACACCACUGAGCCCUGGAUCGGAGGCUGUCCCUGUGGCCGGCUCCUCAUCGACCGGCUCUACCAUCCCACCGGCUCCGACGCCUCCUGAGGUUGUUUUUCCGUCGGUAUUCGCACCUGCACCUGGGCCGCCGGUACAGGAGACCCCGCGUAUCGUCAUCCUUCCCGAACUCUGGGAAGACAUGAUCGAGCCCGGCAUGUUCGUAGAGCAGCACUUGUGGCCGUUCCCACAGCUGCAGCAGGAGGCAUCCCAGGGCAUCCAUCCAUCGCCCGGGACCGCAGGCGUACCACCGCCCCCACCACCCCCGAUGCCAGGCGGCGGCGGCGGAGUGUGGGCCAGGGGAGGCGGACGCGGCGGUGGGGGUGGCCGGGGCCGCGGCAGAGGAAACUUCGUGGGUGGCGGGGCUAUGGAGCCCGUGAUUAUUAUACCUGCUGUCGUCCGCAGACCCCGAGGGAAGACGCGGAAGCGGCAGGAUGGGCUGUGA